AAUACUGGAAAGUUGCUUGUCAAGUUGUCAAUUUGAAUCCUUUCAAUAUUGAUCGCGUAGAAUUUUUUUUUUUUAAUUAGUCUAACAGAUGUGAAAGAAAAUAUAAUCCCUAUUUGUUAAAUCUAGUGAGAAAUAAAAUAUAACAAUAAUAUUAAAGUAAUAAACAAUAUUUAUAUCAUAGUGUUUAUUCAGUAACACUUUUACCCAUUGAAUCUACAUCGUAGGGUGGUUUUCAGUGUAGACUAGAAGCUAUCAUGGCACCCCCACCAAAAGGCAAAGCCCCAACGAGGGGAGCAAAACAAAUAUUCACCGAGAACAAAGCUACGGUAAACUUCUACCGCAACAUAUCACUUGCUACUUCACUGAUUUACCACAGCACCACACUCGCUUUAUACUUCAAAGACAUAACAUCUGGAACCAUUCUCCUCAACUUGAUUGUCUCAAUACUAUAUAUAGGCAGUCAUCAAGUCAUGUAUUUUCUCAGCUACCCGCAAUAUGCAGAAAAUGGUCAAAUGAUAGAUCCUGGCUUAGAUUUGAAUAUGGAAGGUGGAAUUGGAGAGCAUAUUAAAGAUAUUGUUAUACUGACAGCGAUCACACACCUUCUGACUCUCUUCUCCGAUUACUUUUGGCUAUUGCUGCUGUUGUUGCCCGCACGAAUUUUCUGGCUAGUGUGGGUGAACUUCCUAGGGCCAUGGUUCUUUGAAAAGGCACCUGAGGAUACAGAGCAAGAUGAAAAAAAACGCAAAAAAUUGGAGCGCAAAAUGAAGCGAUUCCCACAGUAAAAGUGGUGUGAAACAUAAUUGCAAUGAUGAAAUGAUUCUAGAUUUCCUUUACAUUCAUUAAAUGUUUGUAGCAUUAUCGAUGUCAGUGUUUCAACAAGUACAAAAUGGUCAAACUUGGUGAAGUGGGCGAAGGGGUGAGGGUUGUCCUCGGUUAUUAAGAUGAAAGCUGUGAUUUUUAUGCAAUGUUUGAACGGGUUUAGUGUGAAUUUUAAUAAGUAGACUGAAAAUAAGUGGUCAAAUGAACUGUCCAUACGGAUUUGACUUUACCAAGUUAGACUAUAAUAUUUAUAUUAUACUUAAAUCAACUUAAAAUAACAUUUAUGUAGACAUAUUUAUAUAAUCCAAUGUAUAAUUGAUACAAUUUUUACAUUAACAGCCUGUAAAUUUCCCACUGCUAGGCU